AUGAAUAUUGUUAAGAAUGGAUUUGGAGAUGGAUCCAAAGGUGUGGGCAGCAUUCACAUAACCGGUGUUGGGCAAAUAAUCCUGCUUGGUGAUGGCGACGACGACGAUGCUGUCAAACUUCUUGAUAGCGUCUUCAAUGAUUCGCAUGUUGGUUAUGAGAUUGCUCUGAUCAGGGCCACCCAUCUGGCCGGGCCCAUCGGGGUUCUCGGGCAGAGUGACAGAGUUCCAAGGCCUGCGAUUGCCAUGGAACCAUGGGUCAUUAGGCAGAGCUUCAAGAGUACCAUUGAAUCUCGCGGGUGGAAUGUAGGGGACAGUCAUUUGACCAGCCCAACUCAUCUUCAUAUGAACAGGUCGACGGACUCGCGGACGUGUACCCGCUCGAAUCUCGUUAUUAACCCGUUCAGUACUGAGCAUGGGCUGAAGACCCUCCAAUGGUAUGCCCGCAGCUAA